AUGGAUGAGCCAGAAGAAGACCUAACUGAAUUGAAGACAACGAGAGAUGAGACCAGAAGCGGCCCGCCAAAGUUUUUGAAUGAGAAAAAAGAUGGAAAACUCAGCAAGAAGGUGUCAACAGACAAACAACUUAUAGCCAUCGUGAACAAAGAACUUUCACUCAAAAGAAAAGUUGCUGAAAAAAUGGAGUAG